CCAACGCUCCUGAAGAAAUAUUAGAACAGCUGCAAGAGCAUUCUGAACCUAACACUAUUCCUAUUGUCACGAUCGACAACAAUUCACUCACCAAGAAUAUUCUACAGCUGAACAAAAACAUGAUAGAAGAUAUCAAGCAAUUAAUAAUAAACAUUCGUCCUUUCCCCAUAUUAAACUUGACAACAAAAGAUAAUCUGGUCUUCAUAGAAAAUAAGGAAAUCAAUCUAACACUGCACUCAGACCAUGACCAACCUAUCAACAUAUUGCUAACAAUUAUAGGACUCUUGGCAACCAUUAAGAAGCAGACUUACAUAACUAUCAACAUUCCAUUCACUAUAUAUCUGGACACCCCAAGCUAUAUCAACCGAAGA